AUGUACUACACGAUUGACUUCGUGGAGCGGCUGGGCACGACCUACGACCCUCUAACCGUCUCGAUCAUCAUCUCCAUCGCGCGGAUCAUCGCCAACUCCACGCUGGGCAUCUACUUCACGGCCUUCGUCGGCCGGAGGUUCUCGACGGCUUUGUCGGCGAUCCUCAUGACCGUCGCUUUCGUCGGGGCCGGGACCUACGAGUACCUGUACCGGGACACGCCGGUCGGACAGCGACCCCACGAGUGGCUUCCAAUCACGCUGGUCAUCGUCAACAUCGUCUCCAGCAUCAUCGCCGUGACGCCGCUGCCGUGGUUGAUGUCCGGCGAGGUGUUCCCGCUCCGGGUCCGCGGGUCCAUGUCCGGGGUCAGCCUCGCCCUCGGCGCCGGGAUGAUGUUCGUCUUCAUCAAGGCCUACGAGGUCGCCAUGAGGGCGCUCCAGAUCUGGGGCAUGCUCUUCGUCUACGCCGCCGCCUCCUUCGUCACCAUCUUCUUCGGGGCGUUCGUCUUGCCGGAGACCCAAGGCAAGACGCUCUGGGAGAUCGAGCAGGGGUUCUUGCCCAAGAAACGCCGGGUUGGAUCCACCGGUAAAUGA